AUGCAAAGCCUGUACGAUGUGCACAGCUCCUGUCCUUACAUCACCAGGAUCUACAGCGUCGGGCGCAGCCACCAAGGGAGACACUUGUACGUGAUUGAGUUCAGCGACUAUCCCGGGGUCCACGAGCUGCUGGAACCAGAGUUUAAAUAUGUAGCCAACAUGCAUGGGAACGAGAUCCUGGGAAGAGAGCUUCUCCUCCAACUGGCUGAGUUUCUCUGUGAAGAGUAUCGGAACAGGAAUGAGAGGAUUGUCCGGCUCAUUGAGAACACACGGAUACAUAUCAUGCCUUCCAUGAACCCAGAUGGCUAUGAAGUAGCUGCAGACCAGGGGCCGUAUUUCAAUGGAUACGUGACUGGAAGAAAUAAUUUCAAUGAAGUAGAUUUGAAUCGGAACUUCCCUGAUCUAAACAUGGUCAUGUACUACAAUGAGAAGAAUGGAGGACCAACUGAUCACCUUCCUCUCCCAGACAACUGGAAGGAGCAGGUGGAGCCAGAAACACAGGCCAUAAUUAACUGGAUUGAAAACCAUAACUUUGUGCUUUCUGCAAACCUUCACGGUGGAGCUGUUGUAGCUAAUUAUCCAUUUGAUAAAAGUAAAGAUCUUCGGGUCAGGGGUUACCGCCGCACCACUAGCUAUUCUGCUACCCCAGAUGAUAAAGUGUUUAAAGCGUUAGCAAUGUCUUAUUCCUUUGCUCAUGGAUGGAUGCAUAGAGAGUUUAAUUGUGGGGAUUACUUUCCAUAUGGCAUCACUAAUGGAGCUUCUUGGUAUUCGCUAUCGAAAGGUAUGCAGGACUUCAAUUACCUUUACAAAAACUGUUUUGAAAUAACAUUGGAGCUGAGCUGCAACAAGUUCCCCAAAGAGGCGGAGCUGCCGCGGGGGAGUGGGAUGGGAACCGCGAGGCUCUGA